AAGCGCCACUACGAUGAUUGCGUUCGAUUUCUGCUGCUGGCUGGAGCAGAUGUGAAUAGGAUGAACCAGAACAAGGAAACCGCUCUGACACUCGCUAUGACGAGAGGUGCAAACCCUAUUCUUAAAGAUCUCAUCAUGGCUGGAGCUUUCAUCAAGCAUCCUAAGGGUAAAACGUCAUCGAUGCACUUUGAAAUGUUUAAGAAGAUCCUAGACUACCUGCAAGAAAACGGACUUUUUAACAUGCAUGACGUUUACGGUAAAACUGCUCUUAUUUACGCAGCGGAACGAGGAGAUAGGCGCUGUAUCAUGUAUGCUGUUCAAAUUGACGUAGAAGAGUUUGAAAGUCUCCUUGAGAGAAAAAGAAAAGCUGCUGGAAAUGGAAAUGUUUGUGACAAGCCUGGUAUUGUCUCAGCUCUUGGCACAGUUAAAACUGAUGAAGAUCACUGGUGUGAAAACUGUGAUAAGUAUGUUUUGGGAAAAGGAUAUAAUUAUAAAGAUAAAAAUGGUAGGCCCAUUUUAAUGUACGCCACUGAAACUAAAACAUUGUUGUCAGUUUCGUACAUUAGAGCUCGUAUGUGUGACGAACUUGGUUAUAGAGACUGUCAAGGAAGAACGACAUUGAUGAAGUAUUUUAAGUCCCAUGACCAUAUUUCCACACAAAUUCUAAAAAACACUGGUUAUAACCAAAUCAUUGAGAGACUAUCUGCCCUAAACCGUGAAAUUUAUCUUAGUUACAAAACGAUUCUCGAAUUUUUUGGUGAGAACGUGAAAUGUCAUGAUAAUAAUGGUACAACAACUGUUAUCUAUGCCGUUAAAUAUUACCCAUUUCUAACUGAAGAAAUUGUUUCACUGCUUGUAGGGGAUACUCAAAAAGCUCAAUAUGAGGAUGGCAGAACCGCUUUAAUGAUUGCACUUCAAAGUUAUAAAGGCAGUCCAGACACUUACAUCCAACCCCUUAUUGGAGAUUCGUGUAAUGUACAAGAUACGGAUGGAAAGACAGCUUUAAUGUAUGCCAUGAGCCACACAUGUGACAUUCCAAACCAUCUCAUUUUGCAGAUGAUAGGUGAUUCUCAAAAUAUACAAGAUAAUGAUGGAAAAACAGCUUUGAUGUAUGCAUUUAUACACAAUAAGCAACUGUCUGAAAAAAUGAUUGAACGUUUAAAUGGCGGAGAUCCACUCAUUCAAGACAAAUCUGGAAAAACCGCUCUUAUGUAUGCUUUACAGCUGAACCGACGCCUUGCUUGUAACACUAUAAAAAAUCUUUUUGGGGGAAAGGUACAUAUUCGUGACAUAGAUGGAGAUACUACUGUUGUUUAUGCAAUUAAAUACUAUACAUAUCUAACCGAGGAAGUAGUUGCCAUUCUUGUAGGCGAUACUCAAAGAAAUCAAUAUAAGGACGGGAAAACAGCUUUAAUGAUGGCAUUGCCUGGUUACGGUGCAAACUUAAAAAACAAUAGACAAUAUAUUAGGACACCUAUCGAUUUUGAAGAAAGAAGUUGGCGAAGGUGGAUGUUUCCAUUCUCAGAUUUUCGCCAUCCUGAUGAAGACUUUCUCAAAUACCGAAAACUUUCAGGCGAUUAUUUAAGACCACUAAUUUUAGAUUCUUGUAAUUUACAAGACAAAGAAGGGAAAACAGCUUUAAUGUACGCCCUUACCUCGAAAACGCGCGUACCAACAACUCUCGUUAUGAAGAUGAUUGGUAAUUCUCAUAAUCUUCAAGACAAAGACGGGAAAACAGCCUUGAUGUAUGCUCUACAAAAUUACAACGAUCAAUCUUAUACUUUUAUAGAUGAACUUAUUGCAGGUUCUUCUAAUAUUCAAGAUAAAGAUGGAAAAACAGCUUUGAUGUAUGCCCUCAUAUAUGCAAGAAAUAUUCCAGUGCGCUUCCUGAAACAGUUGCUUUGCCCUUCUCAGAACAAACACAAUAAGGGCGUCCGGAACGCGUUAGUGCUUGGCUCAGAAAGAGCAGUGUCGUCAACGGAAUGUUCAAUGGGGCCACACAACGGAGAUCUCAUCAAUGUGCAAGACAGUGUCGGUAAAACGGCCUUGCACUACGCCAUUGAACAUGGCCAGGAUACAGACUACAUGAAAUGUAUUGUUCUCCAUGGAGCGAAUCUUGAGGUUCAAGACAACAAAGGACAAACUGCACUUAUGCUAUGUGUUGAAGUUGACACUCGGGUUAUUCAACAAAACGGGUAUGUAAAAGGAUUGAAAAAACAUUUUCGUAAAACUAUAACGCUUUUGCGAUGCAAUGCAAUUCCGAUCCUUAAUUCAAGAGGAAAAGAGAAAAUCUUCUCCACUAUAAAGAAUGGAUUAUUCAAUUCUAUGAAUUUGUUUAAAAACAAAGACAUUUUUCGUUUGAUAAUUGCAAAUGGCGUUGUCCCUUUUCCCGAUUUCCGGUUUAAAUUUUCUACGCUGUCUCUUGUUUUAAAACAUAACCAGACAGAUGUCACAAAAUACGUGAUCGCUAAUAUGUGUCUCACAAAUGAUGAUUUGAAAAUGAUGAAAAAUUUUAAAAACUUAAAGACAUUAAAUUACAAUGCCAGGAAUCACCCACAUGUAGACCUGAGUUCCCCUGACCUUCAGCACUUGUUGAGUGACGCUACUUCUCAACCCUGGCCCCUGGUCAAACUGUCAUUCAUUGCCGUCAACUCUGCCGUCGGUCACGGCGUUGACAGAGAACACAGAAUAAAAAUGUUGCCACUGCCUAACCCGAUCAAAGACAUGUUGAUGUUUAACACGAGGACGGCACUGCUGCCGGUUAGUGAGUGGGCAAACAUCCCGAUGAUUUUUGAUCCUGCUGAAUAUGAAAAGACAAGCAGGCCCAGACCUUUGCUUAACUACUGGCCAUUUGGUGAAGUACUGGUCGUCUAAUAAUGCAUGGUACUAAUGUUUUGUGAAGUACUGGUCGUCUAAUACUGCAUUCUACUAAUAUUUGGUGAAGUACUGAUCAUCUAAUACUGCUUUCUACUAAUGUUUGGUGAAGUACUGGUCGUCUAAUACUGCGUUUUACUAAUGUUUGGUGAAGUACUGGUCAUCUAAUACUGCAUUCUACUAAUGUUUGGUGAAGUACUGGUCAUCUAAUACUGCAUUCUACUAAUGUUUGGUGAAGUA